AUGGAGGCGCUCUCCGAGAUUCGUGCUGAGGAGACUAGCCUACGUGGUGCUGGUUUGCUGGAGGUUCCCUCUGUGCUCGCUACUCGGGUUUCUUCCACUCCACCUGCUGCACCGCCCCAUUCUCGCUCGAGUGCUCCGCCGCUCUUGCCCACUCCUUCUGGAGGCUCAGGUCGGCCCCGUUCACAUUGUGACUACUGCAACAAUGAUGGUCAUAUUGCGUCCCAGUGCUAUACAAAGCGGAAACACCUGCGCAAGGCGCGAUCAUCCUCCUCAGGGCCUUCGUCAUCUCCCUCGCCAGCUUCAGCCAUUGCUUUGACUGAGCAGGAUAUUCUGAGACUUAAGCGUCUGCUCGCGGCUUCAGGUUCUUCCUCGACGGGUACUGCUGGUUCUGUGACUGAUGCUUCCCGCACUGAGCACCCGCCCUCUACACAGUCAGGAUCGUCGCACGCACACUCUGGUUGGGGCUGGCCCUCGCUGUCGUGAUUCUCAGGGUCUUUGGGAGUUGGACUGGCUUCAUGUUCCUUCCGCUACCACCACCAUCGCCAGUUCCUCCGCUG